AAACGAGCGCGAACCCUAACCUCAGUUUGUGAUCAGUCUUACCUAAGCAGUCUGGAAAGGUCUUGUCGAAAUAAGUUUCCGUUGCUGUCUCCGUCGUUGUCGACGUUGCCAACGAGCAUCACGUCUUUUCGAGUCGAGUGAUUUGUCCCCAAUGCCUAUCAAGCACUUUGACGCAUACCUACCCGAGCGAAAACAAUUGACAACACUCCAGCUUUCAGCCCUUUCCGAUUCGCGUCUAGGCAUUGAUGCGUCCUACUAUCUUCAGCAGCUCACCGACAACCCACCGUCGAGGGAGCCUCUCCUCGCAGCGACGGGUGGCUUACCUUUAGCGCUCACGCAGCGCAUCGAGUCGGACCUUCGUAUCCUCGAAAAAUGGCAUAUCAAGCCCGUUUUCGUGUUUCCAGGACUUGUUCCCAACAGAAAAUGGAAGCCUCAGCAACUUCUAGAGAACACUGAAGCCUGCAAGGACCGACGCGAUGCAUGGGAAAAAUACGAGGCAGGUCUUGAAGACCAGGCGACCAAGUUGUUCGCUGGGCGGAGUAGUUUUCAACAGUGGGAUCUGUGGAGAAUGGUGCUGAGAAUUUUCAGACAUCGGAACGUCGAGUUCAUCAUUGCACCGUAUCUAGCAUGGCCGCAGGUAUGAGUUUAUCUAUAGCUUCUGUGUUAUGGUCCAGCCAAUUACUAACCGCGUCAACAAUUUCCUCUAGUUAAUUUAUCUCCAGCGCCAUCCAAAAUCCUAC